AUGCCAAUGAGCCUUCAGAUGACAACGGUGGCAGAAGCGGCAGAAGGCAAAGGAAAAUGCUACCUUUUUGUGCCUGACUUGGUGGAGUGCCGAGAAGGUGCUCUGCCAGAGAAAGCUGUUGCAUAUGAAUGGGGUGACCUGGAUGAUGAAGCACGUGAGUUCCGGCGACGUCGCAAAGCACGACAGGAGAUGCCGGUUGAAGAGUUGGACCUGCUCUUGGAGAAGCGGAAACAAGAUCGGCGGAAGGAAGGUUUGCAGCUCUUCGACGAUUGGCUUAUUCACCAGAUCCAGACAUGCGAUUUUCCAGUGGAGGUGGUGCUGGAAAGCCCAGUGCCUGCGGAAGAAGUGGAGAUUGAAUUGCAGGAUGUUGCUCCAGCGCCUCCUGCUCACAGUUCUUUACGUGGCAUUGAGCUGGACUCCGACUCGGACAGUGAUGAUGAAAAUGACGGAGGAACUGACUCCUUCAUCGACUACCUACGGCGGCGGCUGUCAACGGCGCUCCCUGCCGAACGGUUGCAUUGUGCAGACCCUCGUGAGCUUGGAGAGGGCAGUGAAGAGUUGUCCCUUCGCGAUGCUUUCCAGCGGCUGUUGAGCCAACCUCGACCCAAAGAUAUGGAAGAGGUGGAGCUGGACAGUCUUGGGGCCUCGUACCCGGACGAUGAAGAGCCAGAAGAUGGACAGUGCGAUGAGACGAGUAGACUGCUUCCGGCAGUGCCAUCCUUCGAAGCCUUCUUUGGAGCUGCAUCAGAUGUGCUCUACUAUCAUCCCGAGGUGAAGAUGGACUAUGCGCCCUUCUUGCACAAAUGUGUCGGGUCUGCAGAGGCCUUGGAGCAAUUCUUCGAUCGCCUCUUCUUUGGCACGGUACCCGAAGCAUUGGCGGAGCUGACCUUGACCGAGGAAACCAGGCUUGGCCAGUGGAUGGCUAGGGUAGGGGUUUGA